AUCAAACUUAACAUGGCAUUUUACAUCCGCAUUUCCAUGGAGUUAUUAACAUGGGCUUCCUUAUUUUUCUACUCUACAAUUUGUAUUGGCACUGGCAGCACAUUUGUGGCCGGGGCGACACCAGAGGCACUAGCUCUGUGGAAGAGUGAGUGGUGGAAUGCCUCCAUCAACAACGUUGCAGACCAUUGUAGCUGGCCUGGUAUAACAUGCAACGGUGCUGGGAGCAUUACCGAGAUUAGUCCACCUGAUUUUAGUGUGGGAGGGAAGUUUGGAAAAAUGAACUUCUCUUCCUUCCCCAAUCUUGUUCACCUUAAUCUUAGCCAUCAAGGACUCUAUGGGAGCAUCCCACCUCAAAUUGGUGAUCUUACAAGACUCAAGCACCUUAAUCUGUCCAGCAACAAUCUAACAGGUACAUUGCCUUCUUCACUUGGAAAUCUCACUCAAUUACGGAUGCUUGACGUAUCUUUCAAUUACAUAAACUCCAUCUCCCCAAAAGUCAGGAAUUUGAAGAAUCUUGUUUCUUUGAACUUGACUUGGAACAACCUCACUGCAUCCAGUGCUCCAAUUAUAGGCCUUCCCACCAAUCUUUCCCACUUGGAGUUGGCCUCAAAUCCUUUUCAUUGUAGUAUCCCUCCAGAAAUAUGGAACUUGAAGAGUCUUGUAGCCUUAGACAUGAGCGAUUGCUCCCUCAAUGGUCCAAUCUCUUCCAACGUCAGUCAUUUAAUCAAUCUGGUUUCUUUGUCUCUUGCAAACAAUCAAAUCAAUGGAUCCAUACCUUCAGAAAUGGGAAAUUUAAAGAACUUGGUUUCUCUGGAUCUAUCUUGGAACUUGUUUGUGGGUCUAAUACCACCCCGUCUUGGACAAUUAACCAGUUUGACAUUUCUAGAUCUCAGUGUCAAUUCAUUUAGUGACUCCAUCCCUCCAGAAUUUGGGGAAUUGACCAAUCUCGCUGAACUCCACAUGAGUCACUGCGAACUUGUUGGUCCGUUCCCUCCAACUUUGGGUCACUUGACAAAUUUGAGGAUCCUGCACCUUGGGACUAAUUAUUUUUAUGACCCCAUCCCAUCAAGCAUAGGAAAUCUAAGUAAUUUGGAACUUCUGAAUCUUGGUGAUAGUAACUUAGAAGGUCAAAUCCCUUCCUCUCUGUCUCGUUUGUCCAAUUUACAGUAUUUGAGUCUUUCUGAAAACAAUUUAAGUGGUCAAAUCCCUCCCUCUCUGUCUUGUUUGUCCAAUUUACAGUAUUUGAGUCUUUUUGAAAACAAUUUAGCUGGUCAUAUCCCUCCAUCUUUGGGUCUCUUGUCCAAUUUACAGUAUUUGAAUCUUUCUAAAAACUAUUUAAGUGGUCAAAUCCCUCCCUCUUUGUCUCGUUUGUCCAAUUUACAGUAUGUGAGUCUUUCUAAAAACAAUUUAGUUGGUCAUAUCCCUCCAUCUUUGGGUCUCUUGUCCAAUUUGUCAAUUUUGGAUCUUAAUUCAAAUAACUUGAAUGGUUCUAUCCCUCCAAAUUUAGGAUGUCUAUAUAAUAUGUGGGAAUUGGAUCUUAGUAAUAACAAAAUAACUGGUCAUAUCCUUUCAUCUCUAUCUCAUUUGUCUAAUUUGAACUAUUUGAAUCUUGGUUCAAAUAAUUUACAAGGUUUCAUUCCUUCUGAAAUAGGAAUUAUGACUGAUCUAUCUUUUUUGAAUCUUGGUACUAACAAUUUCACUGGUUCAAUUCCUUUCACCAUACUUCAUUUACCCAAUCUGCAAACAUUGUGUCUUGAUUCAAAUCUUUUAGAAGGUUCAAUACCCAAAGAGAUUGGGCAUUUGAAAUCUUUGCAGUAUUUAGACCUUUCCCGAAACAAAUUGUGUGGACACCUCCCAACACAACUUGAGAAUUGCUCCCUUUUAGAAGAACUGUAUUUGAGUCACAAUUCCAUGGGUGGAGACCUCCCAUUUGAAAUAGGAAAUAUGAAGUAUUUAUUAAUUUUAGAUCUCAGUGCUAACAAUUUCACUGGUCCCAUUCCUCCCACUCUAGGUAAUUUAUCCGAUUUGACUAACUUGUAUCUUGAUUCAAAUCAUUUGAAAGGGUCAAUACCUUCAGAACUUGGGUAUUUAGGAAACUUGAAUCGAGAUGGCUUGAAUCUCUGUUGCAAUAAUCUCACAGGCUCAAUCCCAAAGACUUUGGCUCAUUUUCCAUACAACUCUUUUAUAGACAACCUAGGCUUAUAUGAUUAUCCUCUUAGCAGCCCCACUACUUCGCCUUCUCCUUUCACUCAACAUAGAAAAAAUUCCAACAAAGUGAUGAGACAUACUAAAAUUAUUCUUCUUAGCACCAUUUCUCUUGUGUUGGUAUCUUUGGCAUUGUUGUUCCUUUCUCGAAGAAUAAAUGGAGCAAAAAGUAAGGAAGCAAUUCUAAGUCCAGCAAAAAAUGGGGAUAUGUUCUCAAUAUGGAACUUUGAUGGGAGGGUUGCAUUUGAAGACAUUAUUGCAGCAACUGAAGAUUUUGAUAUUCGGUAUUGCAUUGGUACUGGUGGCUAUGGCAGUGUUUACAAGGCACAAUUGCCAAAUGGCAAAGUAGUUGCCUUAAAAAAACUUCAUCAGAGGGAAUCAGAGGUACCCACUUUUGACAAGAGUUUUAGGAAUGAAGCUAAGAUGUUGACAGAAAUAAGACAUAAGAAUAUUGUCAAGCUUCAUGGGUUCUGUCUGCAUAGACAUUGCAUGUUUUUGAUCUAUGAAUACAUGGAAAGAGGAAGCUUGUUUUGCGUUCUCAGAGAUGAUGCUGAAGCUGUGGAAUUGGACUGGAUGAAAAGGGUGAAUGUCAUAAAAAACACAGCACAUGCUUUGUGUUACCUUCACCAUGACUAUAUCCCACCCAUCCUUCACCGGGACAUAUCAAGCAACAACAUUCUAUUAAACUCGGAGUUAGAGGCUUUGGUUUCUGACUUUGGAAAUGCUAGGCUUUUGGAUCCUGAUUCAUCUAAUCAUACCACACUUGUUGGCACCUAUGGUUAUAUUGCCCCAGAGCUUGCCUAUACAAUGGUUGUGACUGAGAAAUGUGAUGUUUAUAGCUUUGGGGUUGUAGCAUUGGAAGUACUAAUGGGAAGGCAUCCUAGAGAACUGUUGACAUUGUUAUCAAAACCAUAUUCUUUGCAAAAUGUGAUGCUAAGUGAUGUAUUGGACACACAAUCCAGAUUGCAUCCUGCUGUACCAUGGAAACCACCGUCCCCAAUUGCUUCAAUCAACCUUGAUAGCAUAGAAGAUGUUAGACAAGCAAUAAAGAAAGGGCAUUGACUUUUUCAAACACGGUAUAUGCUACAAAAGAGCCUUUUCAAUGUUUAUCACCAGUGCAUAGAGCCCAUUAAUCACUUCUGCUUAAAAAGGAAAAUAUCUAGGCUUACCAGCAUAAUUAUUAGAUGGACCAGGGAAAGAAUGUAAAAUAAAAUUGCAUGCAACGU